AUGAUUGUUCUUCAUGGAACCAGCCCUGAAAGCAUUCGCAGCCGGAUAGCAAAUGAGUUCUUUUCAGAUGAUGUUGGUGAUGAUCCCAACAAACAGAACAGACAGAAGUACAAGAAAUUGUUUUAUGCCUCCUGCUUUUUCCUAAUUGCUGUUCUAUUUUCGUUUCUCAAAGAUAUGUUUCUUGACUCUCUUCUCGCCCCGCGUAAUUUGCAAGAUGAGUUCGAUUCCCUUCAUCCAAGCUUAUACUUAUUAGUUGCUUCCCUUUAUUUACUUUCAGUAAGGGCUGUCGUGAGGUUUCGAUGUCGUAGAUUGCACCCUAGUCAGCCAUGUAUUAUCUGCAGUGUUUUUGGAGACAAACAAGAGAUUUUGCACUAUCUAAAGAACCAUGAAUAUUACGGCCGAAAAGAAAUGGAGAUGCAUCUGCUCUUGCUACCAUCUAUCGUCAAGAGAUGUUUCACUCAAACGUUUCGUAAAUGUAAUGAAGUUUUAGAUCGCUGUUGUCCGUCGUCACUUGUCUUUUCGUUUUUGCUAUUUCCGGUUUGGAUCACGGUAUACCUUGUAUAUGUUGUGGCUGUUUUGCUUUACUCCUCUCCUACGUCGACCUUUUACGAUAUGCUCAUGUACCAAAAUCCCAGUCGUCUAAAUAAGCGCCUUUUACUUUCCGGUUUUUUUGAAACGACUCUCCUUCUCUAUGGGUCCUUUUUCGUUGUUGUCGAAAUAGCAAACGAUUCAUUGACAAUUUUUAGAGGAUGCUUGCGGGGUUUGCCAAACUACCUUCCAAUUGCUUCCUUGGUAGCCGUUGCUGUUUUUUACCUUUGGAAGGUUUACAUCCCAUAUCCUAGAUACUACAACAAGCUCACAUUUAAACUGUCUGAACACUAUGGGAAGAAACAAGGAGACUCCAAGGACUUUAUCAGGAUGAUUCCAAAAGACCUCUAUGAUGAGGCCUGCGAAAAAUUGAUGCCGUUGAAAAACAGCAGAGGUAAAGUGAUCGCCUAUUUUUUUGCCAUCCUUAUCGUCAUGUUCGCAGUUUUUGUUGUCGUUACGGAAGCACCCAGAGCUGAUGACCUAACAAAAGCUCUAGGAACCCUGCUCGCAAUUUUGCUUCCUCAGAUUGUUGAAAUGUUCUUCGGUAAAGAUCCUCUGGUGAAAAAAGCAGACGAUGAAGAUUUUGACAAGAAAGUUGCAUCUUUUGUAAAUGAAUAUCUUUCCAAUAAUGCCAACCAAAAUGCUAACAGUAACAAUAAUAAUGGAUCGAGGGUGGAAAUUACCUUAUCCACGGACACUACUCCAUUAUUGACCAGCCGCCCGUAUGGCAGUUAUUCAGAGGACACAGGCCAAGGAAGGACAUCAACUGGUGCCCUACUACCCACUUCGGAAACAGUCUGA